UGCCCCUUUCUGUGAGGCAUAAAUUCACAGUCAUAUAAAUAGAGUAACCUUCCCAACAACGGAGUGCAGAUCUUCGAUUUAGGAGCAAUAGGCUGUUGGAUACUGAGGAGGAGGUUUUGAUCAGCUCAGAUUUAUCAGAGAGACGAAAACAUUUAAUUAAACUUUGCUGGCAAACAAAGUGGCCGCAUUUAGUCUUAAAGACUGACGUCAUUUCCACAGGUUGAGAUUGUGUUGCUCAUGAGCGCAUCAGGGUUAACAACAGUUGAGAGGCUCAUCUUUAUCUGCGAUCUAGUGAACAGUGAGACUUCGGCGAAAGAAGCAAGGGGCAUUGAGGCGUUCAGUUUUUGAAGGGUCCUCAUUUGGAAAGAAAAUAGCCAUGCUGUGAAACUCAGACACACAAAUUCUGAGAAGACUUUUGGGAGACACGCUUUCCAUUUAUCACCUGAUAAUAUUUCAACAGUCAGUCAGCUUGGAACCAGUAAAAUCUCUGUUAUGAGUCUGAGACAUCUCAAUUCAGAAAUGACAAUGGAGGACAGAAGCAGCCGCACCGGCGUCAAAGAAAGGCUGGGACUGAGCUUCACUAUUGACUACCUUCUGUUCAAUAAAGGAGUCAAAGGUUCUAAAGAGGAAGCGACAGGAAGUCGUACGGCAGAGCAGACGGCGAACAACAUGCUAAAUCAUCAGAAUCCUAAACCCGAAGAGGUGGGGAUUCACUCCGAGAUACAGGAGAAGCAGCUACAGAGGUCAGGGGUAGACACUGAAGAAAGGAAAGUCAAGGAGGAGAAGGGGGAUGAAGAGCAACAAGAGGAGGGGGAGGAGGAAGUGACCACCAAUACGUCUGUCAGCAGCAGUCCAGAGAAGUCUGUGGAGAAACCCAACCAGUCGUACAUUGCACUCAUCUCCAAAGCAAUCUUGGCUUCCGAGCAGAAGAAACUGCUGUUAUGUGACAUCUACCAGUGGAUCAUGGACCACUACCCUUACUUCAAGAGUAAGGAUAAAAACUGGAGGAACAGCGUGCGUCACAACCUGUCCCUGAACGAUUGCUUCGUCAAAGCAGGCCGCAGUGACAAUGGAAAAGGCCACUUCUGGGCGAUUCACCCGUCAAACUAUCAGGACUUUUUGAACGGGGACUAUCACUGCCGGAGGGCACGGCGGAGGGUACGCAGGGUGGCAGGACAGGUCCCCCUGUCCUCCCUGAGCUCACCCUACCACCCUACCUUUGCCCACUCACACAGAACAACCUGUUGGUGCUGUCCUCAGGCCCCAGUACUCCCUUUGUCCGGCUUAACACCCAGACUCUACUGGCCUUGGUCCCGUGUGCAGCCACGAAUGGGGUUCCAUCCGGGCCUACAUGCCUCUGUACCCUAAGAGUGAACAGUUAAUAUUUUUGAAGGAUUCUGUACUCACACUCACCGUUUUGGCUAAUGAUUAUGUCAUUAGGUGAUGUUACACAUAUCACAUCACAUUUUCAGCUUUGUAAGGUCAAAAUGAUUUUAGGACAUUCAAUUAUUAAAUAAAAUGUAUGGACCUUUUAAAGAUACUACACUUCUUUCAUUUGU